CGAUCGUCUGGUCUGCGUGCUCGUCUGCGUUUCCACCUCUUUCUCGGCUCUGGCUGGGGGUUUCCUUUCUUCUUCUUCUCUAUACCACUUCAUCUCUCCUGAUUUUCCCUCUCUGGGUUUUCUUGGCCGUUUUUUGCAAUUGCGGCUUUGCCAAACCCGAACCAUGCCGUCAUUUAAGCCAUUUUCUUCGGUGACAGGACGUCAUAGCUAUAGUCUAUUUGAUGUCAGAUUAGACGAUGACUUCAUUGUCUUUCGCGGAAACGAACAGGAGUCUUCCGGCCAGCUCCUCAAGGGCGUCGUCGUGCUAUGUCUUUCUUCGCCCCUCCGAAUGGAGGACGUCCAUUUGCGUCUGAUUGGGACUCUCCGACUGCAUUGGUCUGACCCUGGAUCUAGCACACCAGGCGUGACUGGCCAAAGAGUCGAUAGGACCAUCACCAUCCUCGAUCACAGAUGGCCGGCCUUUGUUGGCACCCACGGCAAGAGCAUGACUCUGCCUGCUGGAAACUACGAAUAUCCCUUCGAAUACACCCUUCCCGGCGACACCGCUGAGAGUGUCGAGGGCAUCCCCGAAGCAUCCAUCACAUACCGGCUAAAGGCCACCGUCAGCCGCGGAAAAUUUGCCUACGACCUGCACGCCUACAAGCACCUCCGCAUCAUCCGGACACUAGAGCCCGGCGCACUCGAGUUUCUGCACGCCAUGAGUGUGGAGAACAUCUGGCCCAACAAGAUCGAGUAUUCCAUUGUCAUUCCACAAAAGGCCGUGGUUUUCGGCGGCACCAUCAACCUGGAGAUGCGGUUUACGCCCCUCCUAAAGGGCCUCGAGCUGGGCGAUAUCACUGCCAAGAUGGUCGAGAUACGGGAUUGCUUCAUCCAGGGAGCCACUGGCCUAAACAUGCGGGAGCACCGAAUAGAGCGCGAUGUUGCGACGUGGAAGUUUGCGGUGGAUCGCGAGGAGCAUUGGCACGACAUGAUUGAAGACAGCGGGCAGGAGGGCUGGCUGCUGAACAAGCCGCUCCCUCUGCCCAAGAAGCUGCGCCAAUGCAUCCAGGAUCUCAACCAUCAUGGAAUCAGAGUAAGGCACAAGAUCAAGCUCACCGUCGCACUCAGGAACCCGGACGGCCACAUUUCCGAGUUACGAGCGACGCUCCCGGUUUCCAUCUUCAUCUCGCCCAACAUUCCGUUCGACGAACAAGGCAACCUGGUCAACCAGGCUCCCGGAGGCGCGACACUCGAACAGGAUAUCGGAUCGAUUGCGCCUCCCGGAUACGGCGAACAUGUGCUCGACCAGCUUUAUGACGAAAUGGACGUUACCGGAUUCCAGACACCGGCUGUGCACUCUGGGUUCAACAGCCCCUUUUACGGACACUCUCGGACGGGCUCCUCGGAAAACCUGGCGGCCUUUGCCAACAGCGCAGCCAUCACGCCGGCUGCUCUUUCUUCCAGACUGGCCGACGUCUCUAUAGACCCGUCGCAGCGAAACAGCUCAUACCACUCUCUUCACGUUGCUUCUGGAAGAAACUCACCUACACACGGGUCAAAUCACACCUCUCACACACCCCAUACACCGCAUACGCCGGCUCAUCUCAGCCGCACAAACAGCGAGGAGGAUGAAUCUAGUUCUAGAAGCUCGGCUGAACGAGUCCAAGUAGACGUUGCGGAGUUUGCCGAAUUGAAUCGAGUGCCGAGUUAUUCAACAGCAGUGAAAACUCCGGCACGGUCUCGCACUCAAACGGGCAUCUUUGUCCCCGACUACCAGACUGCCCUGAGCGCUCCGCGGACGCCACCCAACAUGGAGCUUAGCAACAGUAGCGAUGCUUUGUCGACAAUAACUGAGCACACAGCAGGCGAGGCACACGAGGUGCAUGAGACACACAUGCAGAGCGUUGCUCGGGCCCUGUCGUCUCCCAUGGCCCGGUCUAAUUCGGAUGACACCUCGGCGCACCGGAGGUUACAUCUCUUCCGUGCCAGGGAUCAGGCCGUUUGAGAGUGAACCGAUUGCACAGCAUUGAUUUUGCACCAUGAAGCGAACGAUCCCCCCUUUCUGUUAUUUUCUCCUCUUUCCUUAAUCAUCUUGUUUCUAUACGGCUACAUAUAUACGAGCCUUUUCUUCUUUUUUCCAUCUUUUAUCAGUUUUGGUUGGGCACUGUAGGGUCGGUUGGUUGUUACAGGCGUCAGCGAUUUAUGCGUGGCUUUCUUUCUUUUUUUCAGGAUACAAUCUAUAGACUUGGGCAUCUGCGGAUAGAGGUUAUCAUGACUUUUGUUUUUCCUUCUUCUCCCCUGGGCAUGCUAUUAGCAGCCUUGUCGGAGCUUAGUAUUACGAACUACCCACAAACACUACCACAGCAAUAGCAAAGAGGCUAAUGGCCAAUUUUGUGG